AUGUGGAUUCUUCGUCGGCUCAACUUAGUAUCUCUCCUUCUUCUCGCGGUCCUUCCGUUCCUUUUAGAGGUGCAAACGUACCCCGGAUCCAAAGGUCGUCUCGCCGGAGAUGCCACAUUCGACUUUGUUGUCGUCGGAGCGGGCACCGCAGGCCUCACUAUUGCAGCAAGACUAGCCGAACAGCAAUACAAAGUGGCAGUGGUGGAGGCAGGCGGCUACUAUGAGUAUAUGUACCCACUAGCCCGGGUACCAGCAGCUUGCAGCCUUGGAGCCGGCGCGGAUGUUCGAACCACGACACCUAUCGACUGGGGCUUCGUGGCGCAUGGGGUCCCCGGUGCAGACUUUCGAGAUAUUCAUUACCCGAGAGGCAAGUGCCUGGGUGGUUCACCUACUGCGCAGUCAAUGUCGCGCUGGGCGCAGCUUGUCAAUGAUUCAAGUUAUCUCUUCGAGAAUGUGCUGCCUUACUUCAAGAAGACGGUCUCGUUCUCGGAGCCCACGGGAAGUCGCUUCGCAAACGCCACGCCUCUCUUCAAUGCUUCAGCCUUCAGCCCCGGUGGAGGGCCAGUACAUGUUUCGUAUCCAAAAUAUGCGACCCCGUUUUCUACAUGGGCGAAACGAGGGAUGAUCGAGCUCGGAAUCCCAGAGAUGCAAGAUUUCAAUAGUGGCAGUCUCAUAGGUCAUCAAUAUUGUGCCAUGACAAUCCGACAAGGAGAUGCAUCGAGAAGCAGCUCUGAGUCCGCGUUCCUCGAGACAGGAGUUCAAUCUGGCUCAUGGACAGUGUAUCAAUUCGCCAUGGCCAAAAAGAUCGUUUUCGAUACCAAUCGAAGGGCAACUGGUGUGAUUGUUCAGCAAGGAAACCAAUUCGUCCUCCACUCAACCAGGGAGGUCAUUAUCACUGCAGGCGCAUUCCAAUCACCACAGCUCUUGAUGGUCUCCGGCCUUGGUCCGGCUCAACUCCUUCACAACCAUGAUAUUGGCCUAGUCGCUGAUCUGCCAGGGGUGGGUGAAAAUAUGUGGGAUCAUGUCUUCUUUGGGACCUCAUACCAAGUGAAUGUACCUACUUUGGGCAUUUUGGAUGGAAAUGUGCCAUCAAUUCUUACUCAGGCAGAGUUGUGGCUCCGUGAAGGGGAUGGGAUUCUCGCAAAUCCAUCGACGGACUAUCUCGCUUUUGAAAAGCUUCCCAGAGCGUCGCGUUCAUCUUUUACGCAACAAAACGAACAGGAUUUAGCAUGGUUUCCGAGCGAUUGGCCAGAAGUCGAGUACAUCGCAGCGUCGGCCUUCGAGGGGAACUUCUCUGAUCCAUACGCGCAACAGCCUCGGAAGGGCCAGUACGCCUCCCUAGCUGGCGCUUUGGUGGCUCCCACCUCGCGGGGAAGCAUCACCAUCCGUUCAGCUGACAUGGCAGACCCGCCAGUGAUCAACCCCAACUGGUUAGCCACCGAGACUGACCAAAAAGUUGCAGUUGCAGCUUUUAGACGCGCUCGGAGUAUUUUUAUGACCCAGUCGAUGGCGCCAGUAAUAAUAGGCCAGGAGUACUUUCCUGGCUAUGGAUAUCAAACCGAUUCUGAAAUAUUGGCUCUCAUCAAAAGCACUCUGAUGACAAUAUAUCAUGCGGCAUGCACAUGCAAGAUGGGUGUUUCGAGCGAUGUCAUGGCAGUUGUCGACAGUCAGGCUAGAGUCUUCAAUGUCACGGGGCUGAGGGUUGUCGACGCGAGCUCGUUUCCAAUCCUACCUCCAGGCCAUCCUCAGUCAACAGUUUAUAUGCUAGCGGAGAAGAUCGCAGCCGAUAUUAUUUCCGGGGGCCACAAAGGCUGA